UAGGUUAUAGCGGUCUAGCUCUUACCACCAACCAAUUAGCAAGGGUAGUCCUACGCUAACUCAGCCGAAAAAGUGUACUUAAUGGCGUGUGGACGCGUUGUGCUCUUCGCGUCGUGUUGGUAUUCGCACUGUGUGACUCGAUUUUAGUAUCGUUGGGAUCGCAUACAGCCUGUAAUCGGGUCCUGGUGGUAGCAGGCCCCUGUUUCGAUGUGUUCCGCCUGAUACAGUGUACACGAAGCCUUCUGCCGCGACUAUGGGCGACGCGAAAGACAAGAUUCCCCAGGAAUCCAACGAGCAGCGUGGGAGCGGCGACGAUUCCGAAGAUGAAAGCGAAGUCCUAGAAGAGAGCCCUUGUGGCCGAUGGCUCAAGCGGAGGGAAGAGGUUCAGCAGCGGGACAUUCCAGGCAUAGAUGCUGCCUACCUUGCAAUGGACACCGAUGAGGGUGUCGAGGUUGUCUGGAACGAAGUCAAGUUCUCUGAAAGGAAAAAUUUCAAGGCCAAAGAGGAGAAAAUACGUGAGGUCUUUGACAGCUUGGCUCAACUUGAGCACCCAAACAUAGUCAAGAUCCACAAGUACUGGAUGGACAAGGACUCUGAGCCCAGAGUCAUUUUCAUCACUGAGUACAUGUCCAGCGGAUCGCUGAAGCAGUUCCUAAAGAAAACGAAGCGAAAUGUCAUCAAGCUCCCCCUGCAGGCAUGGAAGAGAUGGUGCAACCAGAUUCUCUCGGCCCUAAGUUACCUUCACUCUUGUCAGCCACCCAUCCUUCACGGGAACAUGACGUGCGACACCAUUUUCAUCCAGCACAACGGCCUCGUCAAGAUUGGAUCUGUGGCGCCUGAUGCAAUCAACCACCACGUCAAGACGUUUCGUGAGAACAUCAAGAACGUGCACUUUGUGGCGCCCGAGUACGGAACUGCACCUGUUGUAACACCUGCUGCUGACAUAUACUCAUUUGGGAUGUGUGCUCUCGAGAUGGCGGCACUAGAGAUUCCUGGAAAUGGUGAUUCGGGCACGCAAAUCACCGAAGAAGUCGUCAACAAGACGAUCGAGUCUUUAGAGAACAUUCAGCAAAAGGACUUUAUCCGCAAGUGCCUGCGAAAAAAUCCACUGGAGAGGCCCACUGCGAGGGAGCUGCUCUUUCAUCCAGUCAUCUUUGAGGUUCACUCGCUGCAAGUCCUGGCAGCGCAUGUCAUCAUCGAAAGUGCCACUUAUCACCCAGACCAACUGACGGAUGAGGCCGUGAUUUCGAGGUACAGCCAGGCAGACAUCGUUGCUGAGAUUACUCACCGGGACGGCAGGGAUGGCGUGCAGCUGCGGAAGAACGAGGUGCCCAAGCUGGAGCUGGAGAAGCUGCUCGAAGAUGUCAGAAAUGGCAUCUACCCCUUGACAGCAUUCGUGAUGUCCCACCAGCCAGUCGUGAGGCCCCGGGCAUCCUCACCCGAGGUGUCCGAGUCUGUCCAAUCGGCAUCACCAGAACCGUUCGACGCUGAGACGCGCCGCAUCAUAAACAUGAUGUGCAACAUCAAGCAGCAAGACGAAUCUCAAAACUUUGUCAUGACGCUCCUGCUGCGUAUGGACGACAAAAUGAAUCGCCAGUUGACUUGCGAGCUCAGCAUAAAGGACACGCCAUCCGUGCUGGCCACAGAGCUGGUUCACUAUGGCUUCAUCAACAAGGAUGACAGGAAUAUGGUGGAGGUUCUGAUCCAGGACACGCUAAGCCGGAGUCACAUUCCAGGCAUCUCCAGUCAAGGUCAAGGGGCUCCAGUCUCCGUCGGUGCCGCGUGACCUCCCGCCUCGAGACCAUCCUCUUUAGUCAUGGUGCCGUCUCUUUAGAGUGGACUCCGGGGUCAAGAGGGACGGGGCUGGUGUUGCCUGCGCCUGUGUGGGGUGUGCUUGUCCGAGGAACAGCUAGCGUCUUGAGAAACUGCUAGCUUUUUUCUAGUGUGUUCGUGUGUGCAUGUGCGAAAGCGGUUGCUCGUGCAGCGAUUGCAAUGUCGACCACUCCCAGUUGCCUUGUGAAGGAGGUGGGGUUUCUCAAGGGCAAAGUCAAAGGCCAUGUGCGAGUGCAGCCUUUCACAAUUUUUCUUUUUUUUUCUUUUCUUUUUCGGUGGCUUCGGAAGCAGCAAGCCGGGGCCAACCGCUCACAUACUGUACAGAAGUUUGUAUAUCGUGGAGUGAAGCGAUGACUUGAGCUGAAGAGAGAGAGAGGGGGAGAGGGUUUUGGUGCAAUAGGCAGACCUUGUAUCAUGCUGGAGCUUUUCUUAGCACCGUUUGUACUACCCGUGUUUUGUGUUAUGCUGCUCUGACAACCUUGGCUGUGCUACCAGGUGUUAGGCAUAUCGGCACGAGCAACAGCUGCUGAAAGUAACUUGCACGACGUGCGCUGGUUUGAGGCUACCAGAACUGGCUUUAAAUGAGCUCUCGUUCUGUGCAGGCCAAAUGCGGUUCAGCCCUAACGCAGUGUAGUCCUUGUCAGCAGCCCGUCAUUGUGCUGGUAUGAGACGAAUUGAUUGGCAGAUGAAGCGACUUCAAGGGGGACAUGCCUUUCCGAUGCUUUGAAGAUGUUGUGCAACACUGUUGCUGAGGAGGCAUUUCAUGCACUGCACCGGUGCUACAGUCGCUAAUUGAUCGAAAGAGUACAUUUAGUCUUUGCUGCCCCUCCCCCCCCUCUCUCCCCAGUACCGUACAAAUGUUGUCAAGAUAACCGGAAGAAAGCUAUUGUUUUGUAUGAUAGCAUAAGGGAUAGCACAUGUGUUGGAAAGCUGAAUGUGCAUUCCUGCUUCCUUUUUACAAUGCUGUUUGUAUGAAAACCAAAAGAAGGCCUUUUAAAUAACAUUUUUUUUUCUCUGCUCUGAACUUCCGGUAGUUUUUAUUCUUCAAUGUGCCACUUUCUUUAGCCAUAGUAUGUCUUAAACAGAUGUCACACAAGCACAAUUUCGAUUGCAGGGCUCUGUCACGAUUGAAAGUGCUCAUGUGACACUAGUGUUAGUGUAAAGCUGUUUUGACCAACAGCGGGUGUAGUAGCUUGCUACCAUGUUUGCUCGGUCGAGGAGUUUGUGAGAACAGGUGGGGGGGUCACCCGCAUGACUGUUGAAGUAUGCCUUAGUGAGCGGUACAAGUAUGCAUUAGCCUUAGUUCAGCAUUCUUUAGUGGUGCUUCAUAGUUGCCAGGAACAAAAAGGGUAGGCUUUUAGCUGGUUACCACACCUGAAUUUUUGCUUUUUAACAGAUACGGCAACUGGAAAGCGCGGACUUUCUUUAAUUUUUUUUCUUUUUACCUACGUUGAAGGUGUCUCACUUCAACUUUUCUUUCCCUGUGUGAAUAGGGCUUGUCUGCCACACGUGACUAUGAAUAAAAAUUGAAGCCUUCA